AUGACGAAAGCUUAUUCCAUUGCGUGGCUAUCCCAAAGCCACCACACCACAUCGACUAGGCAGGAGUUUACAGAAAGUAGCGGAGAGUCAUCUGGUUAUGAAAGCGAAACUGUUCGAUCAGAAGUCUCAUCUCCAAAAGGAGACGAUGUUGAAAACGAACCCAGUGUCAACCGGAGAAUGCGAACGAAAUUCACAUCAGAUCAGAUUCACAAACUGGAGAAAAACUUCAGUAAGCACAAGUACUCGGGUGUUUCUGAAAGACUCAAAGUGGCUGCAAAACUAAAUCUCUCUGAAACUCAGGUGAAAACGUGGUUCCAGAACCGAAGAAUGAAACUAAAGCGUGAGGUGCAAGAUCUGCGUCCAGACUUCUUGAGCCCUGCUCUAAUGCCUCAGAUGAUGUACCAGCCCGUUUCUUCUCUCCAGCACUUCAACUACCCCGUGCAGCAGCUUGCAGUUCACAUUGACACCGCAGACAACCUGGCAGCACACCGUCUCUACCCACACUUCAUCCAUCAUGUGCCUAUGCAACAAACAGCAUUCCCUUAG